AAUAAUAAUGGUAAGCUAUUAUUAUCAUUAUUCAUAAUAAUAAUAAUAAUAAUAAUAAUAAUAAUAAUAAUAAUAAUAAUGGAAAGACACGAAUGGCAAAAGAAAUUUGAAGAAGUCAAUUGCUUAGACGUUUCCCUUAAAGAAUUUAAAGAAAACAGGUGUUAUAGUUUACAUAUUAAAAAUAUUUUAAACCAGACUAAAUCUGUGAAAUUUAAAUGUAAAAAUAGCAUAAUAAUCUAUUAACUCCCAAAGGCAAUUAGAGGAAAAACUACUUUUUGGUUAAACGUUACUGCAGAUAAACACCACCAAAAAUCUGGGAUGCUACGCCCAUUGUAAGUUUUAUUAAUUGUCAGGAUGGCCUAAUUAUUUUUGCCACGUUCUUUUUAAUUAAUCCGAAAUGACAUGCUUGCUAUUGGGUAACUCUUUUAACCAUUGUUAACAAUAACCUGCGCUUUAACUAUACAAUACAGCGUCAUUCUGAUCUGGGUCUGUGGGCUGUACCCUUGUUUUAAUGACGGAUUGUAAACACAUAGGUCCACAAACCUAAGUGUCAGUUUCUUCUGAUCCUGCACGCAAUCGUGUCUUGACGUGUGUGUGUCACAAAAAGAGGAGAUCAUUGUGCCAUUCACCUUACUGCUGAAUAAUUUAAAGGAAGUGAAUAAUUACAGUCCAAGAUGGUAAUUACUGUCGGCGAAGAAGAAAGUCUCUUGUUUGUGAAAGUCAAUAGCGUGACACUGGGUCGGAUUACUCCCACUGCCAUCAUCAAUAUUGCAGAAAGCAAUAGAGAAAGAGGCGCAGCAACAAAAAAAAAGCGCGUCAACUGAAACUUAUUUACUUUUUUCCAAAGGUGUUUUUAUACUCAGCUUUUUAACACAAUGCGGUCAUUCUUCCCUCUGCUUGCGUUUCAUACUAACACACGCAAUUAUUUUAUUCUCGAUAUAAAUAAUAUGCCAAAUCUCACGUGUUAAAACGAACACAAGCCUCAUAACGUCUACGUUUAUAGCUGAAAGUUUGCUUAUGUCCUGGGAAAAGGACCAUAUGUGUGUAAAGGAGAGAGCCCCCACACCACACCGCUCCAAAUCGCUUCUGGAGACACUCACCGUUUACCAAGUCCCGCGGCGCACAUCAUUUCAAUAACAAUGUUUUAUUCUUAAACGAAUGCAGAUGGAAAGGCUCAAGGCGAUAGUGUCAUUCUUUUUAUUUUUUUUAAACCUAACUCAUUUAUCAUUUGUUCGCAUUUAAUUGAAACAGUAGAUAUUCUAUUGAUUAACGACGCAUGGCAAAGACAAAUUACGAUUAUGAAAACGUUUUUUUUAAAAAGCUGUCGUUUAUUUAUUUAUUUAUUUAUUUAUUUGCAAUUUGGGAGCUACUUUAAAAUGUAAACAGGUCUGCAUGUUUUCCCCCGGCUGUGAGCUCUUUGUGAACUUUACAUGACAGUGAGCAAUGGUAUAACACCGGCCACUGAUAUCCCUGAGCUGGGCUUUGUAGUCAGGCACUGCUCAUUGAUCGCGCUAUAAAUACUUGUAAAUAAUGAAUAGUCCUGUAAUACCUAUACCACUUCACUACUAAGCUAAAUCAAAUAUAUUACAGUCAUGCAUUUGCUAUACAUGUUAUAUUCCCAAGUUUCGCGUCCCGUGCGAUCUACCCGAGUAACCCGACAUUUAAUAAAAUUGACGAUAUAAAGGUUGAGAUCGAACUAUAAUCUAGCUGAUGCUGAAAUAAGAUAGCUCUUAUCAUGUAUACAAAUAGGACAUUAUACAGGUCUGCUGGCAGCAAUCGGUUAUCUGUUGAUCAACAUUUUUUGGCAGAAAUGCGUUUCUAAUUUAAAGCUAAACUUUAGGCUUUUAAAAGCAUCAUAAAGUUAACUGGUAGAGAGCGCGCGCGAGAGAGAAUGUGUGUGUGUGUGUGUGUGUGUGUGAGAGAGAGAGAGAGAGAGAGAGCGCUCGGUGUGAUGCUUACUCCACCACAUGACGAUGACUUGAGAUGCUUUUGGAAAUCUCAGUCCAUAUUAUUCGGAUGAGUCUCAGCUAAACUCUGCUGGUUUAUCCAAUCAAACAAGUAAGCAUGGUAACAUGUAGAUUCUGUCAAAUAGCCCGGCGCUCACAUCCACACGCGCACAAACACAUGCACGUCCCUUUCGCGUGGUAGGCUAAAAGAUCACGUGGUGAACCUUAGAAACCGUCUCGGGCCUCUGUGACAGCAGCGUCCGUCGUUUCCAUUGGUCCCGGAGGCGGAUGCUUAAUGUAAAUACGCCGGCGCUAAGUGGGAGUGCCUCGCCAUUAGUUUAGCUGUCAGUCGAUCUCCGGCGCGCGCGAUCUACACUGCUUUUAUGUGAUAAAGGCGCGCGCUGGCACGGGGACACUGUGCGCGGACUGCAGCAUGCAGAGCCACGCGCUUUAAACACGCACAGUGCGACUCCACAGAGCAGAUUACAUGCAGCUGGAGUCCCAGACUCUAACCAAAUCAAGAAGGAAACCACCGAAGACAGAAAAAUAAUAAAUUAAUAAACAUACGUUUCUUAGAGGAGGUGGCUGGCGAGAUCUCUACAGAUAAGACUCAGAGCUUCUCUUCUCUUCAAAUAAGAUUUCCAGGAAUGGAAUCUAUAUCGAGUCAGAUAUCAGCCGGAAGAGAUUCCACCUGUUCACCAAACUCGAAGCAGGAGUUGCAGUCCUACACCGGCCCCACACUCAAACCCAACCAAGUCAGCGAGACUUCUCUGUACGGAAUACCCAUUGUGUCUUUGGUCAUAGAUGGCCAAGAACGACUGUGUCUUGCCCAGAUUUCCAACACCCUCUUGAAGAACUAUAGCUAUAACGAAAUCCACAACCGACGUGUGGCUUUGGGCAUCACCUGUGUGCAGUGCACGCCAGUACAGCUGGAGAUCCUAAGGCGCGCAGGCGCCAUGCCCAUCUCCUCACGGCGCUGCGGGAUGAUCACCAAGCGCGAAGCAGAGCGCCUCUGCAAGUCCUUCCUCGGCGAACACAACCCGCCCAAACUGCCCGAAAAUUUCGCUUUCGACGUGUCACACGAGUGCGCGUGGGGCUGCCGCGGCAGCUUUAUACCGGCCCGGUACAACAGCUCUAGAGCGAAAUGCAUAAAGUGCUCGUUCUGUAACAUGUAUUUCUCACCAAACAAAUUUAUAUUUCAUUCUCAUCGCACGCCCGAGUCCAAAUACAUGCAGCCCGACGCGGCAAACUUCAACUCGUGGAGACGGCACCUGAAGCUGACGGACAAAAGCUCUUCGGAAGAUGUGAUCCACGCUUGGGAGGACGUGAAGGCCAUGUUUAACGGAGGUAGCCGUAAGAGGACACUACCUGGACAUGGGUCUGAAAGUUCGUCCCCACUGAAAUCACAAGGCCCAGUGAAUCAAGUCCAGGGUAGUUCAUCUGAGGUGCCCCUUAAAACCCUUCGUUGUGAAGAUGACAGAGCCACCGUGCCUAUACCGAGUGGCAUCCGCAGUUACCCGGUAAUCCCGGUACCUAGCAAAAGUUUUGGGAUGCUGCAGAAAAUUCCGCCACCCCUCUUUCCCCAUCCAUACGGUUUCCAGGCAUUUGGACUGUGUCAAAAGAAAGACGAUGGCGUGGUAGGGGAUCAGAACAAAACUAAUUUGCCUGGUGUAUUUUGGCCAGGCGCGAAGGACAGUGCUUACCCUUCAUUUCCCAUGUUUUGGCCCACGGCAGGUGGCCUGCCUAUGGCUCCUUAUCACCACGCACCACCGAAACCGCCUCCCGAGGUCCUUUGCGCACGGCAGCACGAGUUCGAUGCCUCAGAGCCGAGUGAGAGGAGCGCCAGCACGCCCAAAGACUUGAUUGAGAACGAGCGCUGCUCCAGCACGCAGUCCAGCCGCAACGACGAGGACAAAUCCGGUGAUGAGACCAGACCUACGGAAAGCAUGCCAAGAAAACCCAGCUAUGUAUCGGCCUUCAGGCCUGUGGUUAAGGACACAGAAAGUAUAGCAAAGCUGUACGGCAACAGAGGCCCGUAUUCGGGAACCAGGCCCGGAUACCUGUCACCUGAUUUCCUGAGCGAAAGUUCGAGUUACAGGUCAGCCUCUCCGGACGUGGACGACAGCGCAGAGGACCCGGAUGUGGACGUGGAGUCUCACAAAGUACAGGAAGAUGAAGAACGCCUUCAACUUUCAGUGGACAACCACCACAGUCCUCCAGCCACUCUGUCUGUUCACGUGCACGGCGAUGGAGGGAAAGGCCAAGGGGAGGAAAACAGCCGAAGUGUCGCAAUGAGUGACCCACACACAACACACACGAGUGAGGCAGAGAAGCAGAACAAACCGCUGCUGGAGAGCAACAAACCUGCAACGCGCUUUGAAGUGUAUACACAUGAAAGGAUGGCGCCUCUGUAUCAGAUGAGUGCGCCAUGUUUCGGCUCCACAGCCACUUAUCAGCGCGACUCCAGUGUUAAAGAUGCGCAUGAGGAAGAGCCGUCAUCCACAGUAGAGGAAAUAACUGCACCGAAAACACUGCACGAGCACACCGGCGCUCCCGAAGGAGGCCCGAGAGAACCCGAAGAUAUGGAAGCUAUGCGCAGUGAAGCAGGCAGAGUGUCACGGAUUGAAAUAAACAUCGAAAACAUGGCGAAAGAAAUACAGCCAAAAAGUUCAAGCACUAAAGACAGGAAAAGCUUGAUGCGUUCAUGGAGCUUAAUGGGCCAGGAGUCAUAUUGUACUAAAAUAAGAGCUACAAAAACAACUAGUGGAACAAGUAGAGCUGAGAAAGAAGCUGGAACGGGAAUUCCAAAGUCUGAAAGACAACUUUCAAGACCAAAUGAAAAGAGAGCUGUCAUACCGAGAAGAGAUGGUCCAGCAACUGCAGAUUGUUCGAGAAGCUCACGACGCACUCCAUCAUUUCUCGUGUAAGAUGCUGACCCCUCGUCAUUGCUCUGGGACCUGUACAUUCAAGCCUCCUCUACUACCACCGUGAUGCCUUCAGCUUGUCCUUCACAAAUAAGACUGCUCAAGACAUGGACAGUGAUAUACCAAUAAAAACAAGAUUCACAACCAACAGAAUUCCUCAGUUAUUGGCCUGCAAUGAGCAAGUGUGUAUGGUAGUAUCCUAGUUCUCAAACUGUAAUUAUUACUAAAUAAAAAAGGCUUAUUGUAUGAACUGUAUCAUUUAUAUAAAAUCUAGCUCAAUGAAAAACUGACAUGUUUCACUGAAAAAAAAAAUAUCAUCUGUUAAGAAAAAAAAAUUGUAAUAGGUGGCUUUGUGCAAUGCAUAUAUUAUGUAAUAUAUUUUAUUUAUUGUGAUACUCUUUCUGUUGGUGAACUGUUAGGGCACUUUCUUACGUUAGAUCCUACACUAAUUUAUUAACGUAUUUUUAACAGUUUUAUUUAACCCAUGUUGUUCAUCAAUGUUGUUUGUUCUCAUGUGUAAACAAUGUAAAAUUGAUGUAAAGCACUUUAAAUAGACAGCGCUGAUGGCAAACCUGA